CUCCUACCAGACGCAUGGCCAAUCUGGUGCAGAUCGACCAUCCGGAAAGAUGUCCCGCCUCGGUAAUGGAGAAGGGGAAUCUCCAGAGUAUUUGCGGAACGACUCAGAGUCACCAUCAGUACUUUCCUCGUUCGAACCCGAGCAACCAUUCCCGCCGCUCCCCGAUGACCUUGCGGCAACCACCCAAAGCUUGCAAACCAAUGAUUACGUCGACGAGGAUGACCACGAGCCAACAUCGCCUUCUCAUGCGGAUAUUGACGCAGAAGAUGAUGCUGACUUUCAGUCUCAAUAUUCCCUAGAGGACCAGGCCUUUUCGGAUGCAUCCAGUGACUCGGAAGAGCAAUCGCCAGAAGACGGUCUCUCUAUGCAUCACUCAUUUCGACAGUCUACAAGCUCACUUAAUGGACCGAAUGCCUUUGCUCCGCCCUUCUACAACAGACCACCAACCCCCUUGCCCCCAUCUCCUUCGCUGACGUCCCUUCUUCGACCCCCCUUCUCGACCACUACUUCUCGACCGACCACUCCUGACAGCUCUGAUGUCGAAACACCGAAUGACACGGAGGCUGCUGUCGCAAAGUCUGCUCGACGCGCCACCACUGUUCCACGAGCCAGUCCGAAAGUGCCGACAUAUGAAUACUACGGAUUCGUUCUAUAUCUCGCUUCGUCAUUAGCCUUUUUGAUCUAUAUACUUUGGUCCUACCUUCCGUCCCCGUUUCUACACCAGCUCGGAAUAUACUAUUAUCCCAACCGGUGGUGGUCGCUAGCAUUCCCAUCGUGGCUGGUUAUGUCUAUCAUUUACAUAUACGUUGCUCUGGCGUCGUACAAUACGGGGUACCUGACCCUGCCGAUGAAGAGCAUGGAGAAUAUUGUGGACGAGGUGGCCAAUGUAGCAGUCAUUGAUGGAAAGGGCAGGCGACGGCCAGGUGGAGCUGCAAAGAUGAGGCCUGGUGCGACAUCGUACCAGAUCAUGGGACCGCAGAAUCGAAAGGUCAAUUGGAAGGAGAUAUGGAGCGAAGGGACAGAUGCCGUGCUAGAUGUGCCAGUAGGUGGAGUCUGUGAAGUUCUAUACGGGCAGGAGAGGGAUGAUGAAUUGUGUGAGGAGCUGUCCACAUUUUCAUAAGCCACGAAGCCACGACGAAUAUAUUAAUGUCUAGUGCAUAAUUCUUUCACUUCAUUGAAGCGAAGUGUCUCGAAACAAAGCAACCGCGGAUCCUUUAUCCCCUUAUCGG